GCUGUUUAUUAAGAUUUCUCAUUACCAAUUGAGAAAAACUAGUAUCAUAAAAAAUUACUUAUACUUUCAAGCAAGUUUGGAGCAAGGCAAUAAAUUUUAUUAUCAACAGGUGUGCCAGUUUUUGUGAGAGCAUCUAUUCUUCAACCUUCCAUAAAAUAUUUUUUUAUGUAUUUCUAUGUGGUGUGAUUUAUCUCAGGAUAAUUAAUAAUUUAGUGUAUUCUUCCUAAUCCUAAGACAAAGGCAGAGUUCUUUUGCUUUUAACCACAGGAGUCUGGCUAUGUAGAGGUAAAUACUCUGUAGAUGUGCUUCCGAUACAUAGUGAUGCAUGCAUAAAAAUGUUUAUUACGUGUUGUCUAAUAAGUGUUGUUUUGGUGGAAUAUAAAAGUAAAUCAUGUUUUUAAUUUCGUCGUAGUACUAAAAAAAAAAAAAAAUCAUAGCCUGAUGUUUUUGGUAUUCUUUUGGUUAUGGACUGUAGUUGAUGCAAGAUGUAUAAUAUUGUUCACUGAAUUAAGCGGAACUAUUUCUUCACACAGCAUUUCAAAUGAGUUUAAAAAUACUGAUUGCGUCUUUAAAAUAGAAACUCCAAAGAACACGUGGAUCAAACUGGAAUGGACAUUGUUUACUGUCAGUGGUAACAUGCCAGAUUGUGAUGACGAUUCUUAUUUAAAAGUAACAACAGGAUGCGAUGUUGAGAAUUUUUCAUCAAAGUUUUGUGGAAGCAAUACUUUUGCAUUACCCCAUGACAUUUAUUCCAAAGACAAUUGUAUGAAGAUUGAGAUUGUAACCACGCAUAGUUCAUGGCGAGCGGAUACCCUUGGUUCUUUUGAAGGUCGUUACCAUGCAUACAGCUACACGGUGCCACCCGCGGAUUCCUCUUGCUCGAGGUAUGGCAGGAAUAAGGAUGUAAUUCUUAGCCCUCAGUGGCCAAUUGGAUACGGCCCUGAUGGUUAUACAACCAAGGAGUGCUCGUGGUACGAGUACGAGCAUAAAUCUACGGGCAUAAAAAUUAAUAUAAUGGACCUGGAUGUUGGUCAAGGUAGCACGUGUGGAACAGAUGAAUACCUGAAAUUUGCUGGCUUAGAAGUAAAAAGUGGUGCACAGCUGAAAUCCUUCGUAUUCUGUAAAAGACCACCGUAUUCAAGUUUGCAAUUUCAUAGAGUCGAAAUAAAAAUGUCAUUAAGAAAUGGAGCUGCAAACAAACGAGCACGAGGUUUUGCCAUUGGCUAUAUAAGAUAUUCCCUUCGUAAAGGUUCUGUCGAUAAAGAUGGAAUGGACGUUGGUACAAUUAUUGGUGUGGUCUUUGGUUCUCUGGCUUUAUUUUUAUUUAUCGUGUAUUUUGUCGCUCACAAAACCGGUCUUGGUUCCACAGUCACGGUGGAUUUGGUAAAUUUACAAACAAGACAAGAUAACACAGAUCAAACGUGCCACUCUGAUGUUGGUUUGCUUCUAGAGCAAAGAGAGGAAACAGCAACUGACCCCUCGUCCACUCCAACCAAUGACGAUCUCCAUCAUCCAUAUAACACACCGCCUCAUGGAAAUGAACCAAUAUCUCAAGGAUUGAUUCCACCGCUGUUGUAAAAGCCUGCGGGUGUGUUAUUUUCACAACCACAAGUACUGAAGUUUUAAACGCAUCCAUUGAUGGUGAUGGAAUAUCAUGUUCAGCUAUUUUACUAUGAUCAUGUUAUGAUCGCGGAGCUCUCGAAGAUAUAGUUUGAGUUGACUCAGUCAGGGUUUGAAUCCAAGGACGAAAUAACUAAGGAAGAUACAUCUUUCGCAAGAAGACACAAAAUUAAAAUGAUUUUAUAUUUGUAGGCGUAUGUAGUUUAAAAGACGUAUUUUUUAUACCAUUUGAAUGUAAAAGAGUUAUGAGGAGCUUAAAUAUAAAUUUGUUUAUUUUAA